AUGUCCACUAACAUGACUUCCAUGCAGUUAAUGUCAUCAACAAAUUCAACGUUUAUUCGUCCCUCCAGCUUUUACAUCACUGGACUUAACAACAUACCACAUGCAAAAUACUACUAUGUGUUUCUGUGCAUUGUUUAUGCAGUGACUCUUAUGGGGAAUUCUUUUAUAAUGGGCACCAUAUACCUAGCACGCAGCUUACACACUGCUAAAUAUGUAGCUGUCUUCAACCUGGCCUUGUGUGAUUUGUGUGGAAGCUCUGCUCUCAUUCCAAAGCUUCUGGACAUGUUUCUGUUUGAGAAUCAGUACAUAUCUUAUGAAGCCUGUCUAACAAACAUGUUUUUUGUUUAUGUCUUUAUGACCCUGCAGUCUCUUACUCUGCUUGCUAUGGCCUAUGACAGGUUAAUUGCUAUAUGUUUUCCAUUAAGGUAUCAUGCAAUUGUCACCAAAACAGCAAUGGCUUUGAUCAUCUGUGUUAUGUGGAUUCUUUCUAUGAGUGUCAAUGCUAUACUUGUAGCUCUAGUUACCAGAUUGUCCUUCUGUAGAUCUACCACAGUUAACAGCUAUUUCUGUGAUCAUGGUCCUGUCUAUAAACUAGCCUGUAAUGAUAACUCUAUGAAUUCCAUAAUGGUAUAUGUCUGUAUGGCUGCUCUGCUCUACAUUCCAUUGUUUCUAAUAGCUCUCUCAUAUGUUUGUAUUAGUUUUGCAUUGUGGAGGAUCACACAGGGUGUUGAGCAAAACAAAGCUAUGAAAACCUGCACCUCCCAUCUCAUUUUAGUGACCAUGUUUUAUCUACCAAUUAUUAGUGUUUACACUGCAGCUCUUACAACACCUUUAAAUGCAAACAUCAGAAUAAUUAAUACUGCUUUGACCCAAACCAUUCCACCCAUGUUAAACCCUAUCAUAUACACUCUAAAAACAGAGGAGGUAUUACAGUCUAUUAAAGUGCUCUACAAACGAACCAAAGUGAACACAAUGGAACAAGCUUUGAAAAAGAGAAGAACUAAAGUGACACAAUAA